AUGAAGUGCAACGCCGUCAUUCUCGCCAGCAUCGCGCUCGGCCAAUCCGUUAUGGCAACAAACAUUUAUCGUCCUGGCGGCCACUUCCAAGUCCGAGCCUACAAUGGAUCAGAGCCACACUUCCCAUCUGGUACUGGACCCUCGUCUGGUUUCCCUGGUCCAACUGGAAAGCCAACUGGCUACACCUCAUCCAAGAAGCCUCGCAAGACCAAGUCAUCCUCUGCAGUAGCAUCUUCCGUAGCAGCAACAAGCGCCCAAGCUUCUGUCGUCACUUCCGCACCAGCAGUCACCUCCGACCUUGCCACACCAAGCACUGUCUUGUACACAACCACAAUCACAAACCACCUUUCUGAGACUGUCGUUGUCACUGUUACUCCACAACCUACAACCUCCAUCCCAGAAGCUUCAGCCACUACAACAGCCGUGGUUGUCCCAACAACUUUGAAGACUGCCGAUGUAGAUACAUCCUCAACAUUCGUUGCUCCAGCCUCCUCUUCAAAGGCCCCAGCCAACUCCCUUCCACCAUACCCAACAACCCUCGCAACUGGUGCAUCUUCAACCGUCGCCUCGACCGGCUUCGCUUCUGGAACUGGUGGCGCUGCUUACCCAUCCAGCACUUCAGUCGCUGCUUACUACCAAUGUGGAGGAAUCGGUUACGCUGGAUCUACAACCUGUGUUGAGGCUGCUGUUUGCCAGGUUCAGAACCCAUACUACUCUCAAUGUAUCUAUAAGUCUUAA